AGGUACUUGCAUCCCUUGCUACUGGGCCCAGACAAGAUAAUAGCAUUUUCUACGAAAUUCGCACGUAUGAUAUUAAGCCAUCAAAGAUGAAGGAGUUUGUGGAAAUGAUCAACAAGCACUUUCAUCUUCGCACAGCUCACUCAGAGCUGGUGGGAUUCUGGUCUGCAGAGCUGGGAGCGAUGAAUAAGGUUGUCCACGUUUGGAAGUACGAGAAUUUUGCCCACAGAACAGCAGUCCGGCAUGCGCUAGCCAAUGACAAAGACUGGCAGGGAAAAUUCAUCUCCCCAGCUCUCCCCUUGAUAGAAAAGCAGCACAAUGAGGUUGCUUAUCUGGUACCCUGGUGUCAGCUUGGGAAGCCUCCAAAAGAAGGGGGAGUAUAUGAAUGGGUUACUUUCCAGAUGAAGCCUGGUGGGCCAGCAUUGUGGGGUGAAGCGUUUCGAGCUGCAAUCAAUGCUCACAUCAACACAGGCUACACCAAACUGAUUGGUGUUUUCCACACAGAGUAUGGAUUACUUAACACAGUCCACGUGAUCUGGUGGAAUGAGAGCCCAGAUCACCGGGCAGCGGGAAGGCACAGUGCCCAUGAAGACGCCAGAGUGGUAGCAGCUGUGCGGGACAGUGUCAGAUUCUUGGAGUCCCAGCAAAAUAUGCUCCUGAUUCCUCUGCAAUGCUCGCCGCUGAAGUAACCUUCUUCUAAAGGAUG